AUGGCGAAGAACGCAUGGCCGGAGCUUGUGGGAAAAAAUGGAGACUUUGCGGCUUCGGUGAUAGAAAGAGAGAAUAACAGGGUCGAUGCAGUCGUGGUUUUGGUUGGAAGUCCGUUGACCGCAGACUUCAAGUGUAACCGGGUCAGGGUUAUCGUUGAUAGAAACGCGAAGAACGCAUGGCCGGAGCUUGUGAGAAAAGAUGGAGACUUUGCGGCUGCGGUGAUAGAAAGAGAGAAUAGAAGGGUCGAUGCAGUCGUGAUUUUGGUUGGAAGUCCGGCAACGGCAGACUUCAGGUGUGACCGGGUCAGAGUUUGGGUAGAUAGAAACGGUAUCGUCGUCACAGUCCCUGUCACCGGGUAG